AUGGUCGUUGUGAUGACCAAGGGUUCAUCAUGUAGAGUUACCGCAUCUCUUGCUUCCUCCUCUCUGAAGGUUAUGGUUCCCCAACAUCGAUUUAGGUGUUUACAAGCGAUGCCCUGUCCUAAGGAUAAGCCUUCUAACACUUGGUGCAUGUCGCGAGCAUAUUCUUUUCGCGCUCUAUUGGAGUCCCUUGUCAGGGUGUGGCCGUUAGAAAUGGGUAGGAUUGGGGGCCCUGUUAUGUUUAUGGAGGUCAACCCUACCAUUGGUGGAUCGAUCCAUUGUUGGGGGAUUUAUGCGAAAUGGGAAAUCUUGGGGAUCUUUGGAUUUUGUCCUCAUGGGAUGAAGAGGUGGGAGUUCAUUUUGCACUGCCAGAAACACUUCAACUCGCAAGGGUCAAACCCAUUAGGCUUUUGUGUUAAAAAGAUAUGA